AUGCACAUUAAAAAGUUGUCAAUUUGUGGCUUCAAGUCAUUUCAACAUCUCACAGUUGUUGAUGAUUUAAGUAAAGGACAUAAUGCUAUUGUUGGAAAAAAUGGAUCUGGAAAAAGCAAUUUAUUUCAUGCAAUUGAAUUUUUAUUUGGUGAAGAAUAUGCUAGAUUAUCAGCUCAACGACGUCAAGGUCUGAUGCAUCAAGGUAAUGGAAAAACUCUCAGUGCUUUUGUUGAAAUAACAUUUGAUAAUAGUGAUAAAAAAUUUCCAAAUAAAUCAGACAGUAUUAUUAUUCGUCGUGAAAUAUCAAAUGUCAAAGAAGUUUAUUAUUUAAAUUCAAAAGAAAUUCGUAAAAUACAACAAAUUGCAAUUGGUAAUGAUAAACAAAGACUUGAUUUAUUACGUGAAAUAUCUGGAGUAAAAUAUUUUGAUGAACAACUUCAAUCAUGGCAUAAAAAUCUUCAAAAAAAAGAGGAUAAACUUAAAGAUGUAGAUAAUGAAUUAAAAAGUGUUGAGGAACAAAAUAAUGGCUUAAUUGAUGAAAAAAAUGAGCUGAAUAAAAUAACAGAAUCUUUGGACAUGGAAAUAGCUGAUCUAGAAGAUGAAAUAACACAUAAACAGCAAGAAAUUGAAAAAAAAUUAAAAUUUUCAAUACUACAAGGAAUAAAAAGUGUCGAAAAAAUUUAUAAUGAUGAAAAUAUUGAUGGGUAUCAUGGUACUGUUGCUGAUAAUAUUUCUUGUGAUGAUAAUCUUUACAGAGCAGUUUCAACUGUUGCUAAAAAUCGUCUAUUUCAUCAUAUUGUUGAUACAGAAACAAUAGGUAUAGAAAUUCUAGAAAAAAUGAAAGAUAAAAAUUUAUCUGGUGAUGUUACAUUUUUACCAGUAAAUCGUGUUCAUUCCAAGUACAUUAAUUAUCCAACAAAUAAAGAUUGUUGUCCACUUGUAUCAAAAAUAACAUGCAGUGAUGAACAGUUUGAUAAAAUAAUUGGAUCAAUAUUUGGCAAGACUUUGGUUGUACGUAAUAUUGAUACAGCAUUAAAUCUUGAAACAAAUUUAAAUUGUGUUACACUUUCUGGUGAUCAAGUAUUUAGUGAUGGUACAAUGUUUGGUGGUUUUACAAAUGCUCAAUCAAAUCUUGAAUUGUAUUAUGAUUAUCAAAAGAUUUGUGAAGAAUAUAAACAGUAUAUUUUAAAAGAUUUAGAAAAUCAAGUACGUUCAUUGAUAAUUGAUAAAAAAAAUAAAGAAAAAAAUAUUGAAGAUUGUUUAAAAAAUAUAAAUGACAUGGGUCCACUUCCAAAUGACAAAGCCAGAUCAAUUUUUGAUGAUUGGUCAACAAAUAAAAUAUUUGAAGAAUUAACAAGAGUUAAUAUUGAGCUUGAAAAACUUGGUAAUAUUAAUAAUAAUUUUUCCAAUUACGAGGAUUAUAUCAGCAAAAGAGAAUGGAUAAUUCAACGACAUGGAGAUGCUCAAGAAAGAAAUAUUAUUAUUAGAAAUACCAUUGAAGAACUUGGUCUUCAAAAAAAGGAAGAAAGUGCAGCAAUGUUUAAACAAAUUAAUGAUAACUUUGUUAAUAUUUUCAAGGAACUUGUACCAGAUGGUCAAGCAAAAUUAGUAAUGUUAUCUGGUGGAAAUAAUAAUGAUCAAGAUGAUUUUGAUCCUGAUGAACUUGUUGGUAUUGGAAUAUCAGUAUCAUUUGAUAAAAAAAAUUGUCAAAUGGAAAAUUUAAAAAAAUUUUCUGGUGGACAAAAAUCAAUUGUUGCACUUGCAUUAAUAUUUGCAAUUCAAAGCUAUAAUCCUGCACCAUUUUAUUUAUUUGAUGAAAUUGAUCAAGCACUUGAUCCGGAGUACAGAAAAACAGUUGCUAAAAUGAUACAAAAAAUGAGUAAAAACGCACAAUUUAUUACAACGACAUUCAGAACUGAAUUACUACAAAAUGCACAAAAAUUUUAUGGUGUUCAAUGUCAAAAUAAAAUAUCAAGAGUUAUAACUGUAUCAAAAGCAGAAGCCAUUAAUUUUAUUGAUGAAGAUUUAGCUGACAAGUGAGACUAAUAUUUUUAAAUAAUUUUAACAAAUUAAUUACUUUUUUAUAAUUAUAC